GGCCCCGCAGGAUCCAGGUAGAUCCGUCCGGCUUUUACCUUUCUCCUUCGGCUUCCCUGCGCGUAGGGCUGGUAGCGGGGCUGUUUCCUGGUCUCGCAGAAAGAGGCAGUGCUGAGUUAGGAAGACAAAAAUAGACCUUUACAGAGAAAUAUAGGGAUUGUGUGCGCGGUGGGGAGGGAGAGCGGAGAGCGGCACCCGGCUGGUUUCCAGGAGGAGCCCUUUUCUCCCUCUCGUUGCAUGUUAGGCAUUUUUGCACAGCUUUCUCCCCCCACCCCCUCCCCGCCGGGGCAGGGUUACCUCUGCCGCCUGCUCUCCGCAUCUCUGGUGGGGAGCGAAGCAGCCAACUCCGCUGCGAUCGGAAAGCGGCCAGAGACCAUUUUAUGUGAGCGAGCCGGGUGGGAAGAAGCGGAGAGAAACCGUCGCAGGGACACACACGGAUAUAAAGACUUGUCUUCUGCCUCCCCCCCACUCCCUCCCCCUUGUAAAUACUAAAUCUGAGAAGGCAGCGAUUUGACAUCCACCCUGAGCAGCGGCUAUGGGGUGUUUGGGCAACAGCAAAACGGAGGAUCAGCGUAUCGAUGAGAAAGCGCAGCGAGAAGCCAACAAAAAAAUAGAGAAGCAGUUGCAGAAAGAGAGGCUGGCUUAUAAAGCGACACACCGCUUGCUGCUGCUGGGGGCUGGUGAGUCAGGAAAAAGCACUAUUGUGAAACAAAUGCGAAUCCUACAUGUCAAUGGAUUUAAUUCAGAAGAAAAGAAACAGAAAAUACUGGAUAUUCGGAAAAACGUUAAAGAUGCGAUUGUGACUAUAGUUUCAGCUAUGAGCACUUUAAUACCCCCAGUUCCAUUGGCCAACCCAGAAAACCAAUUUCGAAUGGACUACAUCAAGAGUAUAGCUCCUCUUUCUGACUUUGACUAUACACAGGAGUUCUUUGAACAUGCAAAAAAGCUCUGGGAUGAUGAAGGUGUAAAGGCGUGCUUCGAGAGGUCAAACGAAUAUCAGCUGAUUGACUGUGCACAGUACUUUUUAGAAAGAAUUGACAGCGUCAGCAUGGAUGACUACACACCCACAGAUCAGGACCUAUUAAGAUGCAGAGUGUUGACAUCAGGGAUUUUUGAAACAAGAUUUCAAGUAGAUAAAGUAAAUUUCCACAUGUUUGAUGUAGGUGGCCAGAGAGAUGAGAGAAGAAAAUGGAUCCAAUGCUUUAAUGAUGUCACAGCUAUCAUCUUUGUUGUGGCUUGCAGUAGCUACAACAUGGUAAUAAGGGAAGACAAUAACACAAACAGACUACGGGAAUCCCUGGACCUUUUCAAAAGUAUCUGGAAUAACAGGUGGUUACGGACCAUUUCUAUCAUUUUAUUCUUGAAUAAACAGGACAUGCUGGCUGAAAAAGUCUUGGCAGGGAAAUCAAAAAUUGAAGAUUACUUUCCUGAAUAUGCGCAUUAUACUGUACCUGAGGAUGCAAUACCAGAUGCAGGAGAAGACCCCAAAGUCACAAGAGCCAAGUUCUUCAUCCGGGAUGAGUUUUUAAGGAUAAGUACAGCGAGUGGAGACGGCCGGCAUUACUGCUACCCACACUUCACGUGUGCAGUGGACACAGAAAACAUCCGCAGAGUGUUCAACGACUGCCGAGACAUCAUUCAGAGGAUGCACCUCCGCCAGUACGAACUCUUGUGAGGGGGAUCACCGUGGAACCUGUGGUUUUAAAUUCUUUGCUCCUUACUCUUUCUCUUGAUACUACCCCACACAGGGUGGAAGAAUAUACUAUAGAAAAGUCAGUCUCUUCA